AUGCAGAGACCAACUGGAACGAAAGCGCCUAAAGAGCUCGAUCUCGAGUGGGCUGCCCGCGAGCUUGUACCGUUUCUGGAAUGGGCCUUUGGUGAGCAGUAUGGGCGGUCGCAAAGAACGAAGGCCUAUUGGGUUGAGAAAGUGCUCUGGGCGAAGGACAGGAUAGAUAGUGUGACAUACUACAUAGACUUCGCCUCGACAAUCGACACCCUUCGCCUUUAUCUCGUCAACAAGGCCCAUCUCACACCAAAAGAGUUGCUAGAGUUUUCAGUCGUCGCUGUCAAGGGCGAAUCGUUGUGCAUUCGCAUUUUUGUUCACUACGCCAUGCGACAUUGCAAUUACGAUCUGUACUCACUGGGCACACACCAGAGUCCGUAUUUCCCACGUUCGUUAACGGUCCCAAUACCUAAGCAUCCCCAUAUCAAGCUCCCCGAAUCAGAAUAUGAAGCAAUCAUGGCCGAAAUCCAGAAACAGCUGAAUAAGAAUUCCUGCACCACCACUGGAAGAGAAGGAAGUGGCCGGGAAGGCAGUGAGCACAGGGUUGGCGGUGAGCUGGUUCGUAACAGGUUCUCGAAUGCUGGCUCAGAUGCAUCUUCAACGCAAUACUCGUCUGCGUUGUCUUCGAAUUCAUCUCAAACGCAGUCAAAGCCCAUCGAUCGGUAUCUCCGAGCUCCUGGUACUCUGCCAAAAUAUAACACAUCGUCUGUUGUGCUGCAAGAAUCUCACAUACCGUCUGCCACGUCGCAAGAAUCUCAAGUAUCGUCUACCGCGCCGCAAGAUUGGCAAAAUCAUCCCUCGAGCUCACAACAGGGGUAUCUUCCUCCUCAUGGCCCAUACCCCGGUCCUCGCGGCGUACAUGGUCCCAGUGUUCCCGCGACAACGCAGACGAGUAUGUCACAGUAUCACCAACAAUAUCCGCCGUCCAUGCAGAGUCAAAGCCUUUAUCCACCACUGCCCACCAAUUGGCCUUACAAUUCACCGCGGACAGAUCACAUGAUGUCGUAUUAUCCCUCUUGGACCAACCCAAUUAUACCAGAGAUGAGCAACCCUUAUGUCGCUUGGCCCCCGCCAGCAGCCAUCGCAAAUCAGCACAUGACGCAUAAUUUCAAUCCUGGACAAGAGCAACCUACUCUCGCUCAUACUACUGCGCAUACAUACGUGCCACAUCCUGAAACUAAAGAGUUCAUACAUGAAGCUGCGCGUAAAUCCGGAUUGCUCCAGGAACAUCACUCUCGGACCAAUGUUUAUAAUGCUGCUCAUAUGGUUUCUUGUAUGGCUCCUUGGUAA